AUGACAGGCGGCGGCUUCGUGAUGGGUGGCAUUGAACUUCCCUGGCAGAUCCCUACGUCCUGGGUCGAGCGGUCGCAGUCAGCAAUCAUCGUCACAAUAAACUACCGCGUCAGCAUCUUUGGCUUCCCUAACGCGCGUGGGGUGGCUGAAGGGGAGCAAAAUCUCGGAAUUCUCGACCAAAGAUCCGCUCUCGAAUGGGUGGAAAGCAACAUCGCGGCAUUUGGCGGCGAUCCGAAUCGUAUCAUGAACUGGGGCCGGUCGGCAGGUUCCAUCAGCGCGGACAUCCACGCCUACGCUUACCAUGACGAUCCAAUUGCUCAAUCAUACUAUAUGGAGUCGGGAGUCAUGACUGGAUCCUAUUCUUCGGGCCUCUUGGAGGACCCAUCGCACUCUAAUUUCACCUUCGUAGCACAGCAUCUGGGCUGCGAGUCUCCUUGCGGCCCCAACUGCGAGGACGACGACGGCGCCGCGGAACUUGACUGCAUGCGCCGCGUAUCUUUCCCGCAGAUCAUAAACUUCAUAGGACAGUACGGUGAUCGAGGUGAAACGCCAGUUCUAUCUUUCGGCUUGAUCCCCGAUGAUCGCAUUAUCUUCCGCGACUACGAUGAGCGCGCUGCGGCGGGGAAAAUCGCUCUUCGCCCGUCCCUCAUCUCCAUGACGGCCAACGAGUUCUCAUCGCUCACUCCAUGGCCAAAGGAUAACCUGACCGAAGGCCCUUGGCAGGCGCCGGUCACGGCCAUGGACGUCGCGUGGGUGUGCUCGGCUUUCAAUGCCACUGUUGCUCGCAACCGUCUGAGCACGUCCGAAGCCCCCGUCUUCAGGUUUCAAUAUGCUGCUGAGUUUCCCAAUUUGAAUGUGUACAGUUGGCUGGGCGCAUAUCACAACAGCGAGACGCCUUUGUUGUUUGGGACGUAUGACCUGUUGGAUCACAUCGCGCCAACGACGGAUUUCCAGGUUGAAGUUAGCAGGGCAAUGCAGGAUUAUGUCAUGGCGUUUGCUGAGGAUCCGUAUCAUGGACCGCAGAAGAAAUUUGGUUGGGAGCCGCAGGUUGUCAACGAGACUAAUGGAGGGUUUGUACUUCGUUUUGGAGCAGGCGAGAAGGCGGUUCAGCGCAUCGAUGGGGUAGAGUUAGACGGGGUGUGUCAGGGGUUGGCAGAGUAUGAUCCAUUCCCAUGA